UGAAAGUGAUGAAACACAGUCCAAGUGAGUACGCCAAAGGCAAGGCAGGGUUAUCGAACCACACUCUAGUAGUGCCUACGCCAACUGAUGAAGACAUCAUCAGGAGGAGCAGGAGGAGGAAGACCCUCUUCCAGCUCAGCACCAACGUAUUCAUGGGCGCCGACAACGUCUGUCUCAGCCUCGGGCAAGAGGAUACAUCGGGAGAUGGUGGAGCUCAACAACGACCCUCCUCCACACUGCUCCGCCGGCCCCAAGGGCGACAACCUCUAUCACUGGAUUGCCACCAUCAUUGGCCCCCCUGGAACUGCAUACCAAGGUGGCAUAUUCUUCCUUGACAUCAUCUUUCCUUCCGAUUAUCCCUUCAACCCUCCCCAGGUAGUAUUCAAAACUCGCAUUUACCACUGCAAUGUUGGCACUGAUGGUCAUGUUAGUCUCGGAAUGUUGAAGGAUGGUUGGAGUCCAGCACUAACCAUUACCAAAGUGCUAACUGCAAUUAGAUCACUUUUAACAAAUCCUGAUCCUUAUAACGCUGUUGUCCCUGGCAUUGCUCACUUGUAUUUGGAAAACAAAGCAAAACAUGAUCUUGUUGCUGGAGAGUGGACGGCUCGAUUUGCCAAGUGAAUUAUUCAAGCCUUUUUUUUUAACUUCUUCUUUUGUAUCAUGUUGUUCAACUAUGUCUAUAUGUGAAUACUAGUUCAUACUUGUAUCUCCUUCUCACAAGCUUCAGUAAUAACAUAAAGCAAGAUGCUGUUAUUCUCAAA